GGGCCGGGCCGUGGCAUGUGGCGGGGCCGCGGGUCUCCGGCGUUUUUUCCUUUCCCUUCCUGGGCUCUUCCCUGCCCGACCCUGCCCGCGGGGCCGCGCCAGCGCCUCUCCCUCCCCGCGGCCGCCUCCUCCGCCGGACCCCGCCACGCCGAUUGGCAAAAGCUCCCGUCGCAGGAUCGUGUCAAGUAAUGUGCCUUGGUGUCCUGCAUGUUAGCUGACUGAAUCCCUGCCAGACUUGGUCAUGCAACACCACUGCUCUUUCCUGCUCAAGUAAAUUGCAGUGGAUCUGAAGUUGAUAUAAGAGAGAAUUUCUUUGGGGAAGAGAAGCUUCCCUGUAAGGCCAACCCUGAAGAUGUGGACUGCUGUUGUGUUCUUCCUGCUGAUUUCCAUCUGUAUAUGUGAACACCGGUUUUCUGUCCUGAAAGGGAGAGGAGUCCAUGUAGUGCAAAUAAACAGGCUUACAAGUGAAGAGCAAUGCAGGCAGGCCUGUCAGAGCCCAGGUGCUUCAGUUGUUUACAGGCAUUUACAGUUACAGCUGCUAUGUGUGGUGCUGAAUAACUUCUGACAGCUUUGGUUAAAUUGAAUCCAGGACAACUGCUUCCCAGGACCCUUGGAGCUUCCAUAGGAAACAGCAUGUGCUGUUGGUGUGCACUGAUGGCGUGCAAAGUGUUGGGUCACUUGAAGAAAUUAUUCCCUGCUGCCAGAUGUUUGCAAGGAGCCAUCACUGUAAUUGGUCUGUGCCCUACCAGAAUCACUGCCUCCUCCUGCAGUGUCACCAGCUGAGUGUGUGCCAGAAUGCUGGAGAAGAAGACAUCAAAGACCUGCUUGCAGAAGAAAUUGUCAGCAGCAAACGGGAACCAGGCCUGUUUCACCACCAGAGCCAUCACCAGAAGAGGGAGAGGAUGCUGAAUGCACGGAUUGACCAACACAGUGUGGAAAACACGUUUUCUUUAAUUGCUCAGACUCACAAUAUUAGUUUGAGGCAUUUGCCUGGGGUUGAGAAGAGAGACGUCACAAGUGCAAGCAAUGUUACAAGCAAUGCUUCCACCACUGCCCCUGCCGUGACAAUAAGCAUUACAAAUGCAACUUUCUCUACCACUUACGAAGCAACUGCCAAAGCUUCAAACACCCCUGGAGGUUCUGAUAUCUCUACUACAGCCAUAUCAUCCUCUGCCUUUUCUCCCCCUCAUGAUAACGUCUCUGCUCCCAUUUCCAGCAGUGUCACCCAGAUGGUGACGACCAGCCAAAAAUUAGGUAGUAGUAGCUCUGUUCCAGUAUUGUCCCCCACUUCUGCUCCCCGCACUGUUCCUUCUGAAGCAGGUACUCAAGCACAGCAGCCUGGGUCGGGUACCACCAGCAGCAGUGCUCCUCACCCUGACAGCCUCCCCACUGCUGGAGCUGACCUGAAGAUGCUGACCACAGCACUGACCACAGCACUGACCACCCCCAUCCCACGGGAUGCAGGAACAUCUUCCAGCGCUUCCACGCAUGCCACAGCACCCAUCCCAACAGAGAGUUCUCACUCUGUGAAUCCAGUGCAUGCUGGCACGUCACCAGGUCUAAAGGCAGAGGCAAAUACAGCCACAGCAUCCUUGAAUGGAUCAGCUUCUCCUCUGGGCUCUAUAACAGGUGCCACGGUUUUAACUACAACCUCUGCAGUAGCAACUACGACUGAACAUGCGGUAAAGUCAACAUCUGAUGUCUUUUCAACAGCCAUGGCUCCAACAGAUGCAGCCAAAACAACAGCUUCAGGCCUCACAGAAACUCAGGACACAGACAACGAGUAUCUUCUCAUUGCUGCCGAGCCCCUGACUCAGUACUUAGUGGAUAAAAGUUCACUACUUGCAGUGCUUUUAGUUGGUACGUUCUUUUUCUUAACUGUUUUAGUUCUUUUCCUCAUGCAGGCCUAUGAGAGCUACAAGAAGAAAGAUUACACACAAGUGGAUUACCUGAUCAAUGGAAUGUAUGCGGACUCAGAGAUGUGAAGAGGUGGGGAUAAAUAGUAGGCAAGAGAUGGAAAGGAGAUUAAAAGUCUGCAUGACUUGUUUUUCCUUUCUGUCUGCCUAUAACACAAACUGAAAGUGCUUCCAAAUUUCUAGUGCAAUUGAGGAGAAAUGCCAUGUACUGUAUUAAGAAAAAAUAAUAAUUUUUUAUUCAACUGUGCAACUGGUUACUGUAAAACCAUAAAAAAAGGAAUAAUUUUUAACAUUUUCAUAAUGCACAGUAGCUUUGGCCAUUAUAAUUCAUUGCAAAACAAAUCUAACGAGAUGUGAGUUGCCAUCCUCUGAAAAUGCUGUAGUGCUUUUCAGCUGUUUACAGUGCAGGUUGUGUUUCAUUUGUUUCACGUGUGCUCCUCUGAAAACAGAGCAAAGGAUGCUGUCACCUUUUAUGAAGUGCUCCCAAAUAGCCAGAUGAAAAGUGUGGAGUACUGUUGCAACAGGGGACUUUUAAUCCAGUGUGCAUCAUAUUUCAGUGUGCUUCUUGCUUAUGAAGAGGUCUGUUUACAAGGUAUUGUAAACUCUGUUUACUGCUAACCCAAGGUAUCUUUUCACCACGGAGUGGAUUACUGUGCCUCUGCACUUAAAUGAUCUUAUUUUUAUAUUCAGUUAAUAAACGGAACCCUGGAAGGGCA